UUCGGUACAGUAAACACGUAAAAUGUUGUGCUCCGUAAAACACAAAAAUUUUAGUGGUCAAACUAAACUUAAGUAUUUUUGAUUGGUGUUACUGGAUAUUGAAUGAAGUGUUUUAAGAGAAGUGACGGAUUAGUUGUUCAUUGAAGGCAUACCGUAGCUAAAAACAUAAAAAGCUUUAUAAUAAACAAUAAUUUAUCUGGUGUUGCUGGACUAAGUCACUGAAUUCCGCAGGAAAAAAACUGCGAUUCUAACGUGGCCAGAUACAUACGUUGUCGAGGCUGUGCAGGAAACAGAAUUGUACUAUGAUUUGUACAAUUAGCGAAUUUGGUUAUUUGAGAUAUUACAAAUAGCAGUAAGAUGGAGUGCACUGCUGAAACUUCGAUUCUAGAAUUAAAAGAACAUCGAAUAUUGAGAUUUUAUUGUGAAAAAUGUCUACAAUUCGAGACGCACACUCUACUUCAAAACUCAAUAGAAGACAAAAUAAAAAUUAUUGAAUCCAAAGAUGAAAUAAUAACGUUACUUAAACAAAAACUAACGGAGUCCGAAUCAUCACGUAUACCAAUAACAACAUCAUCAUAUAGUCAAAUAGCACAAACUGAAAUAAAAAAAUCACCAAAAAUAAACAUAAAUCUUCCCGGAAUCAUUAUUAAACCAAAGCAAAAACAAACUGCCGAAAAAACUGAAAAGGAUAUAAAGGAAGCUAUAGUUCCAAAAGAUCUUCGAAUUGCCGUAAAAAAUACUAAAAAAAUAAAAGAUAGUAGUAUUCUUAUUCAAUGCUGCAAUAAGGAACAUGUUGACAUUCUAAAAAAAGAAGCAGAAUCCAAAUUAAAGAACUAUGAAGUACAAGUAACAAAAUUAAGGCUACCGAGGUUCAAAAUAAUAGGAUGUACCACCAAUCUUAGCGAAAAGGAGAUAGAGAACUCUAUAAGAAAGCAAAACAAUUUUAUCACCGAGCAAAAUAAACUUAAAAUAACAUAUAAUAAAAAAGCUAGAAAUGACAAAGGUAAAUCCAUAGUUUUUGGUGAAUGUGACCCCAUUUUAUUUAGUAAACUGAUAUAUGAAAAGAAAAUUUUCUUUGGUUGGCAAAGGUAUCCAGUAUACGAGGAUUUGAGUAUACAGCGAUGUUUUAAGUGUCAACAAUUUUACCACAAAAUUGAAAAUUGUCCUAAUGAAGCUGUAUGUGAAUUUUGCUCCAACAAACAUGAUGUAUCUGAAUGUCCGAAAUUACAAAAAAAAUGCGUCAACUGCAUUUCAGCAAACAUGAAAUACAAAAGUAAUUACAACACAGUUCAUGAAGCAAACAACCCAGAAUGUCCAUCUUAUCAGUACCAGUUGAAUCUUCUGCGAACGAAAAUAGAUUAUCAUGGGUAAUCUUAAUGGUAUGUGAACAACCUGAAAUAGUACUAUUACAAAACCUAGAAGUUCUGGAUAAUGUAUUGCAUCAGGAGACUGUCGACAGUGAAUCAAUUACAAGUAAAAUUAAUCUCAAUAAUAUUUUUUUUAAUAUUUUACAUUUUAAUAUUAGAUCUAUACAUAAGAAUUUUAAUGAACUAGUAGCAUACUUGCAAGCUUAUGAGUUAAAUUUUAGCGAUAUAAUUGUUUUGGGAGAAUCUUUUGAAAGUUAUGACAAUCAAUAUAAUAUUGACGGCUAUAAGAUGUUUUAUAAUGGAGCAAAAUAUAAUAGAAAUGAUGGUGUUGUCAUUUUUGUAAAAUCCGAUAUAACUUUUGAUAUUAAUCACGUUUUACUUAAAAAUUCAAAUGUUACACUGAGUCAGAUCAAUCUAAAAAAAGAUGCCACUACUAUCAGCGUGAUUUGCACUUACAGAACCCCUAAUACAGAUAAACGCCUUUUUUUGAAUGACCUUGGAAUUUAUUUACAAGAAUGUAAAAAAAGUGAAUUUAAUAUUUUUUUGGGUGAUAUUAACAUAAAUAUUUUAAACAAGGAUGAUGACUGCGUAAACUCAUAUCUUUCCCUUUUAAAUCACUUCGGCUUUUUAUCAUGUGUAAACUCUCCGACAAGAAUUACCCCAGAAACAAGUACAUGUCUUGAUCACAUUUUCUUUAACAAAAAAAAUAAUAAUACGAUGCAGGUCAACUCAUAUUUACUACAUGCUGAUGUGACAGAUCACUAUCCCGUUAUGUUAAACAUAUCUAAAAAAAAUUUUAAUUGCAAAAAAAAUAAACAUAUAAUU